GUCUAACUGUCAAAGGGACAAGCGCAAUAUGAUUGUUUCUCGUUCGAACAGAGUAUAACUGCUAUUUUUACUUCUAUUUCUUUCUAAAACUUUCUGCUCUUGGAAAGAAUAAAAAAGCUUUAUUUGCAAAUCCAUUAUUACUGUCACAUGCAAGAUCCGUUCAAUUCAAAGUCGAUGAUGAACCAGCCGCUCUCGUUCUCAUCCGCAUUGAAGCCGUCGCACCACCGGAGAGCUCACUCUGAGGUGAGCUUCCGGUUGCCAGAGGAUCUGGAUCUGGCUUCGGACCCGUUUGAUGGUGCUCCAGCCGGAAGCUUUGAGGAGAUGGGAUCCGAGGAGGAUUUCUUCUCCACCUACAUGGACAUGGAAAAGCUAGGCGGCGGAUCCAGCGCCGCUGAUGCCUCCCCUGCUGCCGGACCUACAGACGGUAAGGGCGAUGGAGAGAAGACCUUCGAGCGGCCUCGGCAUCGGUAUAGCAACUCCAUGGAUAGCUCGAGCUUGAUGCUUAGCGAGAGUACAAUUGAAGCUAAAAAAGCUAUGGCCCCUGAUAAAUUGGCUGAACUCUGGACUGUUGAUCCCAAACGAGCUAAACGGUAGCAUCCAUACACAGUUCACUUCCUUCAUUUCUUUCAUACUACAUUUCUGUUUUGAAAUUAAAGUCAACACUGUCGUAAAUCUGGAUAGGGUUCUAGUGUAUGAUUUGCUCCAGAAAGUUGCACUAGAUUCGCCCUGAAAGGACCUCUCUUUCGAUCUUUUUGGUUCUGUAGAGUUCGAUCGAGUCAAAUUAUGACUACAGCCUUCAAUGACUUUGACCUUACUUCGACAGCCUUCAGACCGAUCUUUCUUCUUUUUAGAUGUUCCCUUUAUUAAUUCUUUGUUUAACUGAACAUCACAAAACAUUUGUUGGAUGAAAACCGACAUUCUAUUAGGUUGAAAUGAAUGAGUUACAUACAGCUCAUUACCAAUAAUAUUGCCUUAUGGUUCUGUGAAGAAGAACUCGACUAGUUUGAUCUCUCCAAUUUGAAUUACUAUUCUGUAAUUUGAAGUUAAAAUGCAAGAAUGUCCAGGGUUUUAAAAUGCGGACUGUAAAGCCCGGUGUGGCCGCAAUAUUGGGGUUGCAGGAGGCAACAUAAUCGCAUCAGGCCGCAAUGGCGGUGUUUUUUUAAUUCACGGCCAAACGUAACUGCAAGACAACCACGGCGUAAUUGCAUCGAGUUGCAUCAUGACCGCAACACUAAUUUAAUUUGUUUCAUAUUUUAUUCGAACAUUAAAUUAAUACACACCGCAUCGGCCGCAUUACGCAUCACAGUAGCCGCAACCGCAAAUGCAAUUUUAAACAAUGAGAAUAUCUAUUAAAAUAUUACAUAUUUAGUGUUCAUUUAUGACUCACUUUUGUAAUUAUGUUAUAAUGUUAUACAGAGUAAUUAAUAAUUACAUUGUGAUUGCCUUCCAUAUUGUAUGACUCAUGUCCCAUAUAAAGUAUAAACCCCAUCUCACUAUGUUAUGAUCACUAGAAUGACCUAUUACAUAGUAGAAGUUUUAUAAAAUAUAGGAACCGGUGGGCGUAGCUCAACUGGUAGCGAGUGAGUGCCACAAGGGUUAGGUCUCGGGUUCGAAUCCCGACAACUGCGAUGAGGGGUUACUACGCUGAAAAAUGCAUAGGGCUUCAGCAAGUACCGGGGACAGAGCCCCACUCUCUAUCUGUCAGAUUGUGAUUAUAGUCCAAUUUACAUCCUCUCAUCGUGCCGUCCGGUCGGUGUUGGGGGCCAUGGUGUGUCAUCCUUUUUUUUAUUUAUAAAAUAUAGGUGGAAAAGUUUCCUUAUUUAAAUCUAUGAUUGUUGAUAACUGUGGACAGAAUUCUGGCAAAUAGACAAUCAGCUGCUCGGUCAAAAGAGAGGAAGGCACGUUAUAUAUCUGAACUCGAGAGAAAAGUGCAGACUCUUCAAACAGAAGCGACUACACUUUCUGCACAGCUUACUCUGUUCCAGAGGGAUACUACAGGGCUCAGUAAUGAAAAUACGGAGCUUAAACUUCGUUUGCAAGCCAUGGAACAGCAAGCUCAAUUACGUGAUGCUCUGAAUGAAGCGCUAAAGAAUGAAGUUGAAAGGCUCAGAAUAGCUACAGGAGAAAUAUCAGCCUCUCCUUCUGAUGCUUACACCUUGGGAAUGCAGCAUAACAUUCCUUAUAAUAACCAAUCUGCUUUUUUCUCACACCAGCUCAGCUCAAGUGACUCCCAAAACAUACAUAUCCCACAGUUUCAUCCCCUCCAGCCAAACACAUCUACCCCACACAAUCACCACAUGCUCUCUUCUGCAUCCUUACAGGCGCUCACAGACGCACUUCAGCAGCAGGAUCCUCUUGGGCGUUUUCAGGGUCUUGAUAUAAGCAGCAGCAGAGGGUCCCAUCUUGUGAAGAGCGAAGCUCCUUCACUAUCAGCCGGUGAAAGCAGCUGUUCUUGAAAUAAAGUCCUAUUUUGUCAAAAAAUGUUAAUAGACUGACACCAUUUUUAACAUCCUUGAAUAUCAUUAUUCUUAAAUUUUUUUCCUCCAUUCAACUUGAGUUCUAGGUUCGGUUAUGUGCAGCUCAAAAGUGUCUGGAUAUUCUUUGAUGUGCUGCCUAUGGGAGGUGAGGUCAUCUCCAAUAGGCAACACAUUCAAGUUUCAACUGUCCUAGGUUUUAUUAUCUGCAGCUCAAAAGUCUGGAUAUUCUUUGAUGUGUUGCCUAUUUGAGGUGAGGACUCUUGUGAAAGACAAUCUAUUCCAUUGUCUUGCAUAUGGAUUUUGACUUGUGAUAGUGUAUUUUUUUGUUUUGUUUUCAUUUCAUUAUUAAAAAAGGACUCACUUCAACGGUGAGACUUGACGGUACUACCUACGGUUGAACACCAUUCUGAUCCGGAACUGGAGUGGUUAUAUAUAAGGUUCUAUUUUGGAACAGGGACUGCCUUUACAAGGACAGUGCAUAUCCUGACUGAUGUCCUAAGAGCCAGGCACAGGACCGUGUUUUUUAAGGGUUCAAUCCGAUUCAAUCAAAUAGAGGUGAAAAUGAUGGUUUCGGAAGAUUCAGAACUAGAAUUGGUCGAAACCAUAUUGCUCAUUGUCUUACUUGUCCUUACCAUGAACACACCCCUCCAUGCUUAAGGGUAUAUUUCAAUCCCUGAAAAUACUGGGGAAAUGAAAGAAAUUAUCAAAGUUGUUUCCUAAUAUUUGUAUUUAUGGUGGAGAAUGCAGAGGAUAUUGUAAUAUGACAAAAAUGUAUUUAUGUAAUUAUGUUGGUCAUGACUCAUGAGUGAAUCAAAAUGUAUUGUGACGAAUAUUAAAUAAAACUACUGAGUUUGAACUGAUAAUUUACUAUCC